AUGAGCCCGUGCAUGUUUUUCAAGAUUGUGCUGCUGUUGUUCAUGGUGCAGCCUCUGCAUUGCGAUCCCGUGAUGGUCGUAGGCAGCAGGUCAAAGCGGGGCUUACUGCCCUCCACCUGCACUGCGGCCCUUAAUUCCGCCUUACCCCUGCACCCCCUCGUGUCGCUCCCAGAGCGGGCGAGGUCCUGGCACAUGUUGUCCGCGGAGUUGCAGAAGUCAAGAAUCUGGAUGGACCGCCUCACGGAGAUGCCCCAGGUGGUCAAGAAGAACGCUCUCAUGGCGUGGCUGGGGUCCACCUGGCCGAAGCGCGACCAUCAACCGCCGCCCCCGUCUCUGUCCCCAACGCCCGAAGGGCAGCCCCCUCCUUCCGCCACCGACAUGGCACGGCGCAGCGGCGCCCGCCUCGCCGCGGCCGCGGCGGCGCUCGCCGCGGCGCUGGCCGCGCGCGCCUGCCGGUGCUUCGCCGUCGGCGGCAGCGGCGUUGCGCCCCGCGCCGAGCCGCCUCGGGGGCGUCAGGGCGGCGCCGAGGCCGACAGGAGGCCGAGGCUUUUCUGGCGAACCCACGGCGCGCUGCCCGAGCCGCCGUGGGCCUUUUGCGAGGUCCUUCCGUGCAGCGCCGCCGCGAUGGCGCCAGCGUGGACGUGCGGGACCUGUGGCUUCUACAACUUCGGGCACCGAGGCACGCGCAAGCAGGCAGGGUGCAACGGUCGGAACCCCCAAGGCCCUAUCCCGCAGGUCCAGUACUCCUGGGGGAACCCGUGGUGGGGCAUUGGCGGUCUUGGCGGCGGCGGCAAAGGGGGCAAGGGCGGCGGUGUCUUUUUCCCUGGCGGCGGCGGCGGCAAGGAGAACGGAUACAAGGGUAAAGGCGGCGGCGGCGGUGGAGGCGGUGGGGGAGGAGGCAAGGCGCCCCCUCCUCCCAAGCGCGAGCUCACGUCUGAGGAGAAGGCCCUGUGGCUCAACCUCUCGGAGGAGCAGUUCGCGCUGGUUUCGCAGUCCAUCCCUCGCCACCAACGUGAUUCACUCAUGCAUCAGCGUGCGCUCCAGAACUACGGCCUCUCAGGGGCCAAGGCUGAGGCGGCGCAGAUCAAUACGCUCAUCGGGAAGUACAGUCAGCAGAUGGUUCACCUUAAGCAGAAGGUGGCGCGCAUGCAGUCGAAGGCAGAGGAGGCGGUCAAGGCCGCUAUCGAGGCGCAGGAGGAGCUGGACACCGUCCAGCAGCAGCUCGAGGAUGCGAAGGCCCGCGGGCUCUCGCUGGGAGCGCAGGGCGGUGUGGGCGAGGCGAAGGCGGCGGCGCCGUCUGCGUCGAUCGCCCAGCCCAUGCAGCAGGCGCUCGACGCCUUCGUCGGAGCGAUCCCCGAGGGGGAGGCUGGCGAAGGCCGAGGCGUGAGAAACGUGGUGAUGGGGAGAAUGCAGCCUUUGCUGAGGGUCGUCGCGCAGCUCGUGCUGAUGCUGCUCGUGGCCGAGGCAGUGGAGGUUGGGGAGUUUCUGUUCUCCAUGGGAAAGCCGUUCGUCAUUGGGGGCGACUUCAACGCGCUGGAAUCUGAGGUGAGGGGCACUGGGUUGCUUGAGAAAAUUGACGGGGUCAUAAUUCUGACUGGAAAGCCUGCGUGCAGAGUGGGCAAGGAAUGGCGGGAGAUAGACUUCUUCAUUGUGUCGGCGAGCUUAGUGCCCUGGGUUUGGCGCUGCGAUCGAUUGGAAGGGUCCGAACUGUCUACCCAUUACCCCAUCAGAAUGUCGAUCAGGACUUGCACUCACCCUGGCCAGAUCAGAUGUUUGUGGACGCCCAAGAGGUUCCCUGAUCUUCCGAUCGGUCCUGCGCCUGCCCCGCCAGCUUGGUGGGAAGGCAUUCAGAUUCAGGUUGAGCAGCUGGUCCGAGAACCAGCAGUCACGCAAGCUCAGGUCUCGCAGGCUUAUGCAUCCUUUUGCCAGGCAGCUGAGCUAGAGCUCGCAGAGACGCACCAGUUGGAGCUGUCGGGCUCCAAGGGGAACUUGUUCGGCAGAGGCGACAAGUUUAAGUUCGUGUAUAAACCGGCCAUUGUCAAGGUUGGCGGGCCACAUCCCCUUGGGUCUCCAGUGUCUAGGGCGAUGCGCAAGUUCCACACGCGCCUAGAAGAGUUGGGGCACCUCAAGCGUAAGGGAUACGACGACGACGAUAAGCAGGUCAGUGAAAUCUACCAAAAACUUCAGAAGGCUCCGGAGCUGCUCUGGCACUCUUCUGGCUGGCGGAAGUGGCGUGCUGGUCAUUUCAGUUUCAGGGGCUAUGGGGCGGCCUCGAUCAGGGGCGCCUUGUUUGAGUUGAGCAAGCUGAUCCAGCGCGCCCCCGCCGGCGGCCCCUCGCCCUCGAGGUGCAAGGGGGUGGUAGGUAACACGCUUGCUGCUGGCGACGGUGUCCGUGUCUCCGCCGCGGCGCUGGCCUUCGCAGGCGCCGCCACCCUCGCGGGGCUGCGCCGGCGCGGGGCCGUGGCGGCGAGGGCCCAGAGUUUCGACGAGAUCAUGUCGCGCAAGCCCUCGGAAGCAGUCGGCGCCAGCGCACCUGCACCCGCAGCGGAGGCCAAGGCGACUGUGGUAGAGGUGGCAUCGAAUGCUGCCACCGCGGGGCCGAAGGCACCGGGAGCGGAGGCGAAGGCACCGGUGGCCGAGGUCAAGGCUUCGGCGGUGGAUGCCAAGUCACCCGUGGCAGAGGCCAGCGCAGCCAAGGCACCCACAGCGGAGGCCAAGGCGCCACCACCAGAGGCGAAGGCAGAAGCCAAGGUGGCCACAGCGGAGUCGAAGACACCAGUGGCGGAGGCGAAGGUGGAAGCCAAGGCGCCCGUGGUGGAAGCCAAUGCCAAGGCACCGGCGGCGGAGGCCAAGGCACCGACUGCAGAUGUCAAGGCACCAGCGGUGGAGGUGAAUGCACCAGUAGCGGAGGCCAAAGCAGCCAUGGCACCCGCAGUGGAGGCCAAGGCGCCUGUGAUCGAGGCCAAGGCGCCAGCGGAGGCCAAGGCGGAAGCCAAGGUGGCCACCGCAGAGUCGAAGGCACCCGUGGCGGAGGCGAAGGUGGAAGCCAAGGUGGCCAAUGCGGAGUCGAAGGCACCAGUGGCGGAGGCGAAGGUGGAGGCAACCAAGGCACCAUCGGCAGAAGCCAAAACACCCGUGGCCGAGGCCAGCACACAAGCGAAAGCGCCUGCAGCGGAGGCCAAAGCGCCCGUGGUGGAAGCCAAGGCACCGGCGGCGGAGGCCAAGGCACCGACGGCAGAGGCCAAGGCACCAGCGGUGGAGGUCAAGGCAGCCGCAGCGGAGGCCAAAGAAGCCAAGGCACCCGCAGUGGAGGCCAAGGCGCCUGUGAUCGAGGCCAAGGCGCCAGCGGAGGCCAAGGCGGAAGCUAAGGUGGCCACUGCAGAGUCGAAGGCGCCCGUGGCGGAGGCGAAGGUGGAAGCCAAGGUGGCCAACGCGGAGUCGAAGGCACCAGUGGCGGAGGCGAAGGUGGAGGCGGCCAAGGCACCAUCGGCAGAAGCCAAAACACCCGUGGCCGAGGCCAGCACACAAGCGAAAGCGCCUGCAGCGGAGGCCAAGGCGCCCGUGGUGGAAGCCAAGGCGCCCGCGGCAGAUUCCAAGGCAGCAGCGCCAGAGGCCAAGGCACCGGCGGCGGAGGCCAAGGCACCGGCGGCGGAGGCCAAGGCACCAGCGGUGGAGGUCAAGGCAGCCGCAGCGGAGGCCAAAGACGCUAAGGCACCCGCAGUGGAGGCCAAGGCGCCUGUGAUCGAGGCCAAGGCGCCAGCGGAGGCCAAGGCGGAAGCCAAGGUGGCCACCGCGGAGUCGAAGGCACCCGUGGCGGAGGCGAAGGUGGAAGCCAAUGCGCCCGUGCUGGAGGCCAAGGCACCGGCGGCAGAGGCCAAGGCACCGGCCGCGGAGGCCACAGCGGCCAAGGCGCCCGCAGUGGAGGCCAGCAAGGCGCCCGUGGUGGAUCCGAAUGCCUCGUCCGUGCAGGCCAAGGUGGAUGCCAAGGCGGCCGCCCCGGAGGUGAAGGCUGCGGCAGCGGAGGCGACGGCGGCGGCCAAGGCGCCCGCAGCAGAGAAGCUGGCCGCCGCCGCGGAGGCGGCCGCGCCCGCCGCCCAGAAGCUGUCCGCCGCCGCGGCAGUCCCCGCCGAGGCCGCCGGCGACGCGGUGGAGCUCGUGACCGGGGGAGUCGCGGCCGUGGGCGCCGCCGCACAGCAGCCGGACGCGGUCGGGGCCGUGGCCCAAGGCCUGGCGGGGUACUACCUGGGCGCGCAGAACGCGCUCGAUAACAACCUGGCCCUGCAGGUGGCUGGCGUGACCGCCGUUGGGCUUGCGGCGUUCGCCGCGGUCAGCAGCAUGCGACAGGAGCAGCAGCCUGACCCCGCCGACGCGGGCGCCCCCGCGGCACCGGCGGCGCCCUCUCCGGCGCCCGCGGCGGCACCGGCGGCACCCUCGGCGGCGGCCGCGGCCGCUGCGGCGCCGCCGCGGGGCACCGGCGCUCUGGCGGACUUCAAGGAGUCGAUCGCCACCGGCCAGCCGCCGGCGUCUGCACCCGCGAGGGCGAGCCCCGCAGUGCCCGUCCUGCUGGGCCCCGCGCGCUUCACGCUGGGGCAGACCGUGCUGAUGAACGGCAAGCAGGAGGGCAUCGUGCGCUACAUCGGCCCUGCCCAGUUCGCGGACGGCGAGUGGGUGGGCGUCGAGCUGCUCUCGGGGGAGGGCGAGAACGACGGGUCGGUCCUGGGCCACAGGUACUUCACCUGCCCCGCGGGCAGGGGCGUGUUCCGGCACCCCUGCCAGUUCGUGGAGGCCGACCUGGCCCGCGAGCUUGAGACCACGCUGGCACGCAUCGAGUCGCGGGCGCGGGCCCAGGAGAGGACGCGAGCGGCCAACUGGACGCCGAAGGGGCAGAAGCCGGAGCACUCCCAGGAGAAGACGCGAUCGGCCAACUGGGCGGACUGAGCGAGGGUCCGUGCCGAAGAGCUGCGGGCGCCUGCUGCUGGCCUUGGGUCGGGCAUGUCCUCCUACAAGCGGAUUUUGG